AUCCCGUCCUGCUCUGCGGCGCAGGGGCAAGAUGGCUGCCGAGAAGCAGGUUCCAGGCGGCGGCGGCGGCGGCGGCAGUGGUGGCAGUGGCGGCGGCGGAGGCGGCGGACGCAGUGCCGGAGGAGACGAAAAUAAAGAAAACGAGCGGCCCUCGGCUGGCUCGAAGGCGAACAAGGAAUUCGGGGACAGCCUGAGUUUGGAGAUCCUUCAGAUCAUCAAGGAGUCCCAGCAGCAGCACGGCUUACGGCAUGGGGACUUCCAGAGGUACAGGGGCUACUGUUCCCGAAGACAGAGACGUCUCCGGAAAACACUCAACUUCAAGAUGGGCAACAGACACAAAUUCACGGGGAAGAAAGUGACUGAAGACCUUCUGACUGAUAACAGGUACCUGCUUCUGGUCCUGAUGGAUGCCGAACGAGCCUGGAGCUAUGCCAUGCAGCUCAAACAGGAAGCCAACACGGAGCCCCGGAAGCGGUUCCAUUUGCUGUCUCGACUGCGCAAAGCGGUGAAGCACGCGGAGGAGCUGGAGCGCUUGUGUGAGAGCAGCCGCGUGGAUGCCAAGACCAAGUUAGAGGCGCAGGCCUACACCGCUUACCUCUCGGGAAUGCUGCGUUUUGAGCAUCAGGAAUGGAAGGCUGCCAUUGAGGCUUUUAACAAGUGCAAAACGAUCUAUGAGAGGCUGGCGAGUGCCUUCACAGAGGAGCAGGCUGUGCUGUACAACCAGCGAGUGGAGGAGAUCUCGCCCAACAUCCGCUACUGUGCCUACAACAUUGGGGACCAGUCAGCGAUCAAUGAACUGAUGCAGAUGAGAUUGAGGUCUGGUGGCACCGAGGGUCUCUUGGCUGAAAAAUUGGAGGCGCUGAUCACUCAGACGCGGGCCAAGCAGGCAGCCACGAUGAGUGAGGUGGAGUGGAGAGGAAGGACAGUCCCUGUGAAGAUCGACAAAGUGAGGAUCUUCUUGCUGGGCCUGGCUGAUAACGAGGCGGCCAUCGCCCAGGCUGAAAGCGAAGAAACCAAGGAGCGGCUGUUUGAAUCCAUGCUCAGCGAGUGUCGGGACGCCGUCCAGGCGGUUCGGGAAGAACUCAAGCCAGACCAGAAACAGAGAGAUUACACUCUUGACGGGGAGUCGGGGAAGGUUUCUAAUCUUCAGUACCUGCACAGCUACCUGACCUACAUCAAGCUGUCGACGGCCAUCCGGCGGAAUGAGAACAUGGCCAAAGGUUUGCAGAGGGCCCUGCUGCAGCAGCAGCCGGAAGACGACAGCAAGCGCUCCCCGCGGCCCCAGGACCUGAUCCGGCUCUAUGACAUCAUCCUCCAGAACUUGGUGGAACUGCUCCAGCUUCCUGGCUUAGAAGAGGACAGAGCUUUCCAGAAAGAGAUAGGCCUCAAAACGCUGGUGUUCAAGGCUUACAGGUGCUUCUUCAUCGCUCAGUCCUAUGUGCUGGUGAAGAAGUGGAGUGAAGCCCUGGUCCUGUACGAUCGGGUCUUGAAGUACGCGGACGAGGUCCACGCUGACGCGGGAGCCUUCAAGAACAGCCUGAAGGACCUGCCCGACGUGCAAGAGCUCAUCACGCAAGUGCGCUCGGAAAAGUGCUCCCUGCAGGCCGCCGCCAUCCUGGAUGCAAAUGACAACCACCAGACGGAGACGGCUUCCCAAGUGAAAGACAAUAAGCCUCUGGUUGAACGGUUUGAGACAUUCUGCCUGGACCCUUCCCUUGUCACCAAGCAAGCCAGCCUCGUGCACUUCCCGCCGGCCUUCCAGCCCAUCCCCUGCAAGCCUUUGUUCUUUGACCUGGCCCUCAACCACGUGGCCUUCCCUCCCCUGGAGGACAAGCUGGAGCAGAAGACCAAGAGCGGCCUCACCGGCUACAUCAAGGGCAUCUUCGGGUUCAGGAGCUAACCCGGCUGUGCCACGGGGGCGGGGGUGUGCCUGCGAGUCCCAGCCGUCCCACAUUAAACCCCGGUCUGCACUGGCCCAGGCAGCCCUGCCUUGCUACGUCGUGUGUUUGUGCACUCGUUCUUGACCGUUGUGUUAGAAGGGCACCCUGUCAGCUUCUGGCUGGUGUGUGCGGGUCGCUGUGUCUCCUGUACUUCCUGGAGGGGGUGCCCACGGCUAUCUGGCCCCUCGUGGGCCGUGCUGGUUCCCCGAGGUCAGUGAUGUGUUCAGGGGGUUCCACAGGCACGGGUGGGCUGUGCAACAUGUCGUCCUGUGUCUUCGUCCCUGCCGUGAGCCUCCCCAGCCCCUCCCAGCCCCUCACGACGUCUGCCCGUGACAGGCGGCGGCGGCGGCAGCGCGGUCAGCCUUACUCCCCUUCACGUUUCAGAACAAGCAGAGAGCUCUAUUUUUAGAAGAAAUAUGUUACUCUCAAUGAUGAAGCCAAACCUAUUAAAAGCAAAGAUGAUGGAGA